AUGUUACCUCCAACCAGAGUUCAGAUCAAGAGGAAGGCCACUGAGGAUCCUGUGGAGAUUUUGCGUGUGCAUGAUGAACUUACCAGGGGUCGAAAUGCUGGCCAGUUUAUAUUCAAGCGACAGCGAAUCGUCCAGGGCUCACGACCAAAUGCAUUCACCGUUGCAGACUCUGCGGGAUAUACAUCUGCUCUAGAAAAUGGCCCGAGAGCACCACAGGUCAAAACCAGCCAACCAGGGGAUGAAUUUAGAGACCAGCCGAGCCGAAACCUGAGCAACACUCAGCCUGCUGUCCCUCCGGAGACGCGGCACGUUACAAUUAGACAGGAUGAAGUUGGAGCUGUGCCACCCGCGAAUGAUACAGGGGCACCGGACGUAGCACGAUUACCUCGAGUAAUUGCGGAACCUCGUCGUUUCCACCUGUCUCGAAAACUGGCGUAUGGAGCGGGAAAUAACAAUGUUGAGGGUGCAAAUGCAAGAAGAACACCUGGGAAGACAAAUAUCGCGGUGUUUCGCGAACGCAAGGUAAUUCCUGCAGCGGAGACCGGACCACCAACGGAUACGAAAAUCCCCGCCCCUUUGGAUGUAUCCAGGACGGAACCGCAAAACCGCACGACGAGCCGGGAGCCUGUCAAAGAGCUCGGUAAAAAACCGAGUGUCUCCCUUCUGCGCCUUACGCCUGUCAAUGCUGUCAAGCCCCGUAGAAAUUCACCCGCUCCUCUCCGGGGUGCCAGGCUUCCAUCUGGGGACAUAAUACCGUGGGAUGCUAGUACGGAGAGACUUAAUAUGGAAAUGCAAGCCUACACGCUUAGAGAAAUCAGAAAGAACCUUGCCGACAACAAUGAGCCUCAAGUUACGGUAUCGCUAAAGCCGGAACCCGAGGCCCCCAAAAGUCCUGCAAGUAGAUUCAAACCGAGGGCAGGUGCAGGCUUGCGCUACCACGAGCGCCAUCCCGACGCUGUGACUGCUCAGGGAACUGGGGGGGACAGCGAAAUGCAAGCUAUGGAUGUGGACGACGAUGACUCAAAUUAUAUCAUCGAGACGUACAUACGCAUGCCAGUGGAACAAGCUCUCCUCGAAUCAAACGAGGCGAGCAUUGGCUUGCUGGUUUUGGAUUCCCAGCCGGACAUCGACCAGUUUUACAACGGCGACUCGGACAGCGAUAGUGAUGCGUAUGACGAGGAAGAAGACGAAAAUGCGGAGAAUCACCCUUCAACGGACUAUCCGGACGAGGAGGUACAGUCUGAUGAUGAGUACGGCAUAAAUCCGUACCAGUAUCGAAAUAGAAACACCUCGGAUAAUGAAGAAUACGACGAGGAUGAUGCUACGUUUAGCGAUGAUGAGCUUGAAGCCAAGAAAGAGCCAUGGUCCCGCCGCCCGUGGAUGGAGGCCUACUCUGGCAAGAAAGAAGGGAACGAUGAGGAAGGGGAAUCGUACUGA